UGCAAACAGCAAUGGCGAAAGUAAACAAGUGAUUGCAGCUCACAAAUUCAUACUGGCGAUUGGCAGUCCUGUGUUUGAAGCCAUGUUUUACGGUGAACUGGCGGAGACUAAAGACACUAUUGAACUGCCUGACUGUGAUAACGAGAGUCUGUUGGAGUUGUUUCGCUACGUGUACAGCGAUGAAGUGAAUUUAAGCGGAAGUAAUGUGGUGGGAGUGUUAUACUUGGCCAAGAAAUAUAUGGUGCCUUCACUCACUGAUGAAUGCAUGGAAUAUCUGAAAGAAAAGUUGGAUCCUUCGAAUGUUUUCAUCAUCCUGUCAUUUGCACAGAAAUAUGAAGAUAAAACCCUGGUAGAUCGAUGCUGGAAUGUAAUCGACGAACAGACAGAAGCGGCUGUCAAUUCGGAUGGAUUUGAGAUGAUUGACAAGUCCUUACUUGAAGGAGUAAUUGCCAGAGACAAUCUAAAGAUUACAGAAGUAGCUUUGUUUCAAGCUGUAGUUCGAUGGGCAACAAAACAAUGCGAAAAGCAAGGUUUAGUGGCAGACGGUAAAGUGAAAAGACGAAUUAUUGGAGAAAGAGCAAUAAAAGCAAUACGUUUCCCAUUAAUGACGAUAGAGGAGUUUGCCUCCGUCGUCAUUGAUACAAAUUUGUUGACGACAGAAGAGACAAAUGGAUUGUUUAAGUUUUUUGCAAUACCCCGGCACAGUGCUCCCGUCGAAUUUCCUAAGAAUGAAAGACGUCGACCUCGCAUCGUUCGCUGUGAAAGGUUUGGUUCAGUGAAGGGAACUUGGAAAUAUGGAUUAGCAAAGGACUAUCUUAGUUUAACUGUGGAUAAAGACAUCAAAUUACUUGGAAUUUCCUUGUUUGGUAGUGAGAACAACAGCUACAAAGUAACAUUGGAGGUAAAGAAUGCCGAUAAUAAUACAACCAUGGUGUCCAAAUCAGGAACAUAUCCUUCAAACAUUUUGCCCUCUAAACGCCAUCGAUAUUAUGGAUACGAAGUUUUGUUUGACUCAGCAGUUCUUUUGAAAAAGAAUAUUAGGUAUAACAUCGAAGCUUUUAUAACUGGUCCUGCCUCUGAAAGAGGAGAAAAGGGAUUUGAUACCGUGAAGGAGUCGGGUGUUACAUUUACAUUUUCGACAAUUGAAGGCAAGUUAGACUCUAACGGUACAAGUCAUAGCAGUGGUCAGUUUCCUGAGUUUUUGUUUUCUGUUUAG